UCAAUGCCUAUAUACUUACUUUUUGAAUCAAAUCAAUGUAUGUUUAUUUAUGUAUUUGUAUUCCAAUUUUCCAAAUGGUUUGAGAAAAUCAAUUAUAAAUAAUUGCAACAUGUAACACAUUAUUAAGAAGUACACGCUUUUAAGGAGUAGUACCUACCUAUAUCUUAUCAUUCUUUAAGUCCAGUCUUGAGCGACAUUUAUACUCGGCUCGGUAAUUAUUUUCUGCUACUAGUCUACUACAUAACAAUGCGAGUCUGCAGGGUUUGUCUGACAACUGAUUCAAAACUGUAUAACAUGGACGAUUAUAACUUAAAAACGCCUUAUGAAGGACUAACAAAAAUUAAUUUGCCAGCAGAUGGCUCACCCCACUCCCUGUGCUGGGAAUGUGCCUUCAGGCUGCUGGCAUGUGCUCGCUUCCAGCAGAAGGCCCUGCGCAGCCAGGCUCUGAUGGCUAGCCUUUAUAACCAAUAUGAUUACAUGCAGCAGCUGCAAACCAUAGAUCGUCAGAAACACAACCUCACAUCCACCUUAGUUUGCAAAUAUUAUGUAAAUCACUAUGUUUUAAAGUUACAUGACACGGAAGGAACAUAUGAACAAGCACAAGAACCUAUACAAGAAGUAAAUAUAAAUGAAGUUACAAGCGAUAAUGAGCUGCAUAGCGUACAAUUUGAUUUAGAUCCUGAAACAUCCAGCGAUGAAGUUUUAGCUAAACAGAAAAAACCAAAAAAGAGUAAAAAGAAGAAAAAAGAACUUAAAAUAGACAGAAGAAGGAAGCCAGCGAGUGAAGUGUUAAACGAAGCCUUAUUUACUAUCACUGACUUGACUUUUAAGGAGCAGUUAGAGGUGAUAAUGAGAAGGAAAGAGACAGCGAAUUAUAAGAAUUCUGUUUUUAAAUGUGAAGAUUGUUUUAAAGGGUUUUUGGACGAGGACGCUUAUAAUAGUCAUAUUAUUCGGCAUACAGAUCAAAGCGGCACAUUCGUAUGCGAAGUGUGUAAAACACACUUUAAAAUGCAACACGCGCUGCGCAACCACGCUGCUUCGCAUGUGCAACAGUUUAGUUGCAAGUGCUGCGCUUAUGUUACUACUAGGAGACACGCGGCUAAACUACAUGAAGGGUGGCACAACGGAACGCGUUAUCAGUGCCCUCACUGUCAAGAAGACUUCGUCAAGUUCUCAACCUACAUGGGGCACAUUCGCAUCAAGCAUCCAUCGGACUGGGUGUGCUCCCUCUGCGGACAUUCAUUCGUGAGUGGAAAAGGUCUGCAGCUGCACAAGAAACUAAAGCAUCGCUUUAACCACCAGCCGGUCGAUGAGAACGGCCCGUACUGCCAACGGUGUGACGUCCGCUUCGCCUCGCAGGCUGCUCUAGACCAACAUACCAAACUAUCUCCUAGACACGAUGCGGACAGGAAAGAAAACGGUUGUCGCAAGAGGGGACGGCGCAUCGAAGACGAGUGUGACAGAGACGGCAAGACUCGUCGGAGCAGGACGGACAAGCCUGAGGGACCCAUUCCGUGCGAACAGUGUGACAUGCAACUUCCGGACUCUCUCGCAUACUACCGCCACUUCCGGCGAACACACCCGGACAAGAAUCGAACCAACUACCCCUCGAUGAAGACCAAAAGCAUGUGCGAAGUGUGCGGGAAGAUGUUCCAGAGUCUAGCCCUCCUCCAAGACCACAGCUCCACCCACACAGACGGCAAACUCUUCAAAUGUCAGCAAUGCGACAAAAGCUUCCAGCGGCGAUACCGACUGAUUGCUCACCGACGAUUACACUCCACACGCCCGCAGCACGCUUGCACGGCUUGCGGCAAGAGGUUCUCUACAGCUAGCAACAGGACGAGGCAUAUGGCGAGUCAUACCGGCCUAAAACCAUACAAGUGCGAAAUGUGCGGGAAGUGCUUCAAGCACGCGAGCGAGAAGCGUGCACACAUCACGUACGUGCAUCUCAAGAAACCGUGGCCCAAGCGUGCUCGGGGCAAGCACCGGGACACCAAGCAGACGCAGCCUGCCCCGCUACAGCAAGAGAUGGCGCUCGCGCAGCCGCUGUGGUGCGAAAACAAAAUGGCCGCAGACAAGAUGUACAUCCUGUAAAGUUGGCUUAUCAUUUGUAAUUUUCUUUUUUGUAAAAUACAGAGGUAUUAUUAAAUACAGUCAUAGCCCCGCAAAACUCAACAAUGAGUUUGACUGUGGGAUCAUCUGUCUCAAGUAUGUCAUAUACCAUUUACAUCUCAGGCGUUUGAUAUAGAUGUUGCACGUUGAUUUUCUAGUACAGGCACAGAAUAAGUAAUAGUAUUAUCAUACAGAACGGCCACGCCCCGUCCCGCCCCGACUCGAAUUAACUCGCCCCGCGACACCAGAUUGACGGCCGUUUGUCGGCCGCUCAGUAAUGUUUUUUAAGCAACUUACUCACACAAUGACGCAUGCCGCGUGUACAGACGUGUCGUUCACACAGAGACGCAAGUGAUUUUUGAUGUAUAACGUGUCCGCCCUGUGGUACAGGGGUCGACAAACCGCGGCUCGCCCACCGCAUGCGGCUCUUUGAAGGUACAAAAAGCCACACAAUAAAUUAAAAAAAUUACACGACUGCAUACAAACAUGUAUGCAGGGGUGCUAAGCGAAUAGUUUUGCAGACUGUACAUAAAUAGAAUUAAGUUGGUAAAUAAAUACCUUGUUUUAAUAAGUUUUGUACCAUUGGCUCAUUAAUCUGAUUAUUGUUAUUUUAUUUAUAUUUUUAAAGUAUUGUAACUCACAUAGUUUUAGGGGAUAAAGAUCUCAGUAGGAUCCCUAUAUUGUAAUGUAUUGAGAUGUGCAAUACAAUGUAAUUAUUAUUUAUAGAUGAAGUAAUAAGAAUUUUGAAUGGCAUCCAGAGG